CGAUAACUAGCACUUGCGUCCGUUGAACCGACGAGGAAUACGACAGGAGGAAAUCUAGGGUUUACGUUUACCUUCCCCCGUAAUCGAGAUCCAAGCAGCUGAAAGACUACUCUCUUAUUCGUUUGCGAGUGGCCGCGGGCGUUGCUCGGAGACAUCGGACUGGGCCGACUUCGUGUGCUAUCCAUGAAGCAUUGUCUUUUCAUUUGGGAAGGUUCGCUAAUAUCUGCGUAAGAUUGAUUCGUGUAGAAGCGUUGUUGGUGUUUGAAGAGAUGUAUGGCCAAGGUAACUAUGCUCAGUUUCGCCCUGCUCCUCCCAACCAGCCGGCGCCUCCUGUGCAGCCACCAGCUCCUGGACCUCCUCCUCGGGCAAUCUAUCAUGGUCCUCCUUUUCUCACACAGAGCCAUCAAAUUCCUCCCCGCCCUCUCCCUCCAGCUCUUGCAGUUCCACCGUCUCAAAACAUCCCCCCACCUGCACCAGUAAACAUAGGGCUGUCCUAUGGGAAUAUACUUCCUCCUCCAUAUCCACCACAACCCCCUACAUACUCAACAUCUGUGCCAAGCCAUGGUACUGCUCAUGUUCCACCACCUCCUUCACAGGGUCAAGCAUUGUACCAAAUUCCACCACCUCCUUCUCAGGGCCAAGCAUUGUACCAAAUUCCACCACCUCCUUCACAGGGUCAAGCAUUGUACCAAAUUCCACCACCUCCUCCAUUCGCUAAUAUUCAGCAUGUACCCAUUCCUCAUUCUCAACCUCCUAGUUAUUUUCCAGUAACUGCUGCUCCGUUCUCAUAUUCUGGAAGUGUGGCUAGUGGACAUGAUGCCCAGCCGCCUUCUCUUCCACCACCUCCCCCUCCCCCUCCCCCAUCUUCGCCUCCACCUGUUCCUCCAUCACCUCCUUCAGUGGUGUUUCUGGGUGUGGAUGAUGUAGUUGUUUCCAGUGGUUCUACACCUCCUAUACUAGGAGGAAGCUCCUUAGAAGGUGCAGCUAUCGAUGCUAGAGCUACAUCUGCGAAGUCAACUGACAAUUCAUAUCUAGACCACACAUUUCAUGUUGGCAAGCAUAUUAAUGUUAGCAAGAAGAUUGCUGGGGAUGAUGAAUCAUCUAGGAACCUUUUAUCAACAUCACCAGAGCCAAUCAAAGAAGUAGCUCUCCAGCAAUGUUCUGUAUCACUAAAUUCAUCCAAAGAGGACUUGCCUUUUGAAGCUAUUAGCGUUGACAAUGAUCAAAGAAAUAGUUCUCCAGCUUCAUCAGACAUGGAUAUGGAAGAUGAUGAUGGUGGCCAACUAGAAAGUGUAACUGGUCACAACAUAUUGAAGAAGGAACCAGUUGGAGUACCAACAGAGGUAGCUGAUGAAGGAGGCAGCAGAUGUGCUUCACAAUCACUUCCUAAUACAAAAGAGAAGUUCACUUCCACAAAUAUCCCACAAAGUUCUUCAGACUACACAGAUGUCAGCCCAGUCAGAUCAUCUCCUGGUGAUGCUGAGUGUUAUGAAGCUACAGAAGUUCCUGCAGUGUUCAUUAAAGCUAAAAGUCCCUUUCGACUUAUACAAGGAUAUGCUUCAGAUGAAAGUGAAGAAAAAGAUGGGGGAGAUGAGAUUGAUGUUGAUUCUUCUAUGAGAGCUUCAUCUCUUGCAGACCUACCAACGAUCCACACAGAUAACAAAUUUGAGUUGAAAUUUGCAUCACCAAGUAUUCCUCAGGGAACUAUUGAAGAAAACUUGGAUAGGGUGGAAAAAAAUGUUGAACCUUCUAAGGAUCAUGAUAUCGUUGGAACCGAUGGUCUGGAUAUUGACCAACUGGAAAAGCUGCAGCCUGAGGAUGCAAGACAGGAUUCUGAUAAGCCAAAGCUAGAUGAGUUUGGAAGACUUGUAAGAGAAGGUGUCAGCGAUAGCGAUUCUGAUGACAUGCAAUAUGAUGAUAGGCAUGAAACCAGACGUGGGAGUUCAAGCCAUUGGUCUCCUCACGAAGGUAGUAGGCACAGAUGGAACCACAGUCCUAGACGAAGGGACAACAAGAACAAUUCUCCACGCCAUUCAUUGGUGAUGCCUUUUAGACACGCUAAUAAAUUCUCAAGGAGGGAUAAGGAGCAACGUCCUGAGUGUUUCAACUUUGUUCGAGGCAGAUGUGUUCAUGGUGCAUCUUGUCGUUUUCUCCAUCCUGAUUUCUCUCGCAUUAAGACAAUGCACAAAAUUCACCGGGAUCCUAGCAGACAAUCUUCCACCUUCGAUGUGCAUGGUCAUGCUUCAGAUCAAGAGAGAGAUCAUUCUUCAUCAAAAAAAGAUAAUCAUGAGUUUGACAAGCUUCGGCAAGAGGGAACAGAGGAAAUUUAUACCAAACAUGCUGAAUCAAAUAUCAAUACUACAAAAUAUGGAGAUGAUAAAAAGGUUUCACCAGGUUCAGUGAUAGAAAGUGGACUAUUGAAGCAAGUCCAUGAUGAUGUUAAGCAAGAGGAUACCAAUCAGGGCUUUCUUGAUGGAAGAGGUUUUCAUUUGGGCACACAAAAGGUGAGAAAGUUGUCAGAAACAUCUAAUUCUAGUGGUGGAGACAGAGAAGAAACAUUACUUGAAUCUGACAAUUCUAAGCUGGUAAAAAAUGUGGCAUAUCAGGCUUCACCUGUUGCUUUACUGGAACAAACUGAACGAGUUUUGCAAGGAAGCCCAGCAAGUCAAUCACACGAAAAGCAGGUUAUGUUGAACCAAAUCUCAUAUGAAUGUCUAAAUGAGAAAGAGGUUCAAGUUUCCAAAUUCUCUGCCCCAGAUAACUCUCAGUUGCAAUCUCAUAUUCAGGAGCAUACUUCCUUUGCUAUCCCAACUGUUAACAUGAGUCCAUUGGCUUCACGGCAACACACACCAAGUCAGACAACAGCUAUAGUCAGUCAGUUGCAGCCUUCUGAAUCAGAUAUGCUCCUUCCUGGUCAACAUCAAAUAGCCAGUGAGCAAUAUGCUCAAAAUAUUCAUGCUCCAAAUGUCAUAAGCUCAAACUUUCACAUGCCAACUAUUUCUCAAGGGAAUGAAUUGACAACGAGAACUUCCAUUUCCACAAUGGAGCAUCCUCAAUUGCAUCAACAAAAUGUGUUUCCACCUAGAAAUGACUUUGCUCAUCCCUCAUCGAUGCCUAAUUUUGGAUGGGAGUUUAGUCGUCCACAAUCAAUUGACUUUAACUAUCAUCCUUUAUAUCAUACAGAAUCAUCUCAUCAACCUCCAGUACACUUGGAUAAAUACAAGCAUAAUUUUCCCAUGGGUGUUUCACAGGAUCUACCAUUCCGUGGUGAAGCCCAGAUUCUGGGCCAAGAAGGUUCUGAAAUAUUUAAUGCACAGCAGAGAGAAUAUCACAUCCGUCACAAGUCUUUUGUUCUUGGAGAGAUUCAAAUUCCGUCAUCAGGUCAAAUACCUAGCUCAUUUCCUCAUGGAAGUUCUGUGCAUCUUCAAUCAUUACCUUUGGCUGGGGAAUCCUUUCCUAAUGCAAAGUCUGUUCCAGGGGAUCUUUUGCAAUCAAGGCUUCUUACCAAGCAAGAAUAUUCUUCUGUCAAGGAUUUGCCUUAUUCCAAUCAACAUAAAUCCUUUGCUUGGCAACAUGACACAGGCAGUCGCUUUCCUUCGGCUGUUAGUGGCCACAGCUUGGUUGAUCCCUCUGUUCAGAAAGUUCGACCAGAAGAUAAUCUGCCACCUCCAAUAUCUGGCAUCACCAUGCCUAAAAUGCCAAUCUCAAUGCACCACAACCCAUUUGCCUCAACUUUUGAACAGGGACCUUCAACUAUAAGACUUGGCUAUGAUGUUUCUGAUUUAGGGCCAAGAUUAAAACCUUCACUACCAAAUUUCAGAUCGACAGAGGAACAGAGUUCACCGAACAUUACUGGUUAUGCUCUUGAAACUUCUGGAGUCCCACCUCAUUUUCCAAGGAGGUUUGUCAGGGAACCAACAGGAGAUACCUUGUAUGAUCCACUAUUUGAUAGCAUUGAACCUUCUUCUGGCACACUCAAGAAGUUAGUUCAUGCUCAAAAGCAAGGACAAUCUUCUACUGAUGCGUGUUCAGUUUUGAAAUUCAGUAGCUUGUCCAGGGCUGAAGAUGUUCCACACUACGAGGAUAGAAGGGUUGGGGCUAUUGAACUUAAAUCUGUAGUCGAUGACUCCACUGAGGCGGCAACUGAUGCUGAAGUGGGGGUUGUGGAGAAUGAUAGUCCACAGCUAAUUGAUGGACCAGAUUGGAGUCCUGACAAUGCUGCUGAGCUGGCUAAUACUGGUGCUGGAGAAAUUGAGAUUGAUCAGGUUCAUUCACCUGGCAAGAAAGCUAAGUCAAAGGAAUUGAGAUCGAUGAAGCUUUUUAAGAUUGCACUUGCAGAAUUUGUCAAGGAAGUCUUGAAGCCAUCAUGGCGGCAAGGUAAUAUGAGCAAAGAAGCAUUCAAAACAAUUGUAAAGAAGACUGUGGAUAAAGUGUCUAGAUCAGUGCCAACCCGUCAGAUUCCUAAGACACAGGCAAAGAUCAACCAAUAUGUUGAGUCAUCCCAGAGAAAGUUGACCAAGCUGGUUAUGGGCUAUGUUGACAAGUAUGUUAAGAUGUAAAUAUUUAUCUUUCCAUUACAAGUUCUCUUUAUGAAUUAGAGAAUCUUUCUGCAGCAGCAAUAAGAUUGACCAAUCCAACGAGGUUAUUAUGUUCCUUGAACUUUACAUUGACCUGGCACUUGAGUGCUAAACAUGUAUGUUCACAUAUCUGCAUUGUAACUUAUCACGACUGUUUCCUGGCUGAUUGGAAUUUGAUAUUUUAGUCUGUAAAUAGUGUGAUACUGAUUUAAUUUGUUCUUUUGUAAUGGUUUCUUCUUUCA